GUUGUGCACAGUCGAUAGUGCUACAUUGUGUUUGUUUAUAUGUGGUGCGGUACGAUGGUGAAUGUGAGGUGGUGUCAAUUCAGUAAAUGUCACAAAGGAUAUAGGAAUCAUUCGUUAUCAACAAAAAACAACAAAGAUUGCUAUUUUAUAACAACACCGAUAUUCUAUGUAAAUGCUUCACCUCACCUCGGACAUUUGUACACUGCCGUCAUAGCGGACGCACUUCAAAGAUUUCAGCGGUUGGUGUAUGGCACAAAGUGCAUUUUCAGCACGGGCACUGACGAGCAUGGCACGAAAGUACAGCAAGCUGCCGCUUCUGCCAAAAUGGAUGUGCCGACUUACUGCACUUAUAUAUCGAAUAAAUAUAAAGCUACAUUUCAUCAGUUCGAUGUUGGUUUUACCGAUUACGUAAGAACAACAGAUGAAAGACAUAAAGCAUCAGUUGAACAUUUCUGGAAUGAUUUAAGGAAAGGUGGAUACAUAUAUAAAGGUCAGUAUCAUGGCUGGUACUGUGUGUCUGAUGAGACAUUUCUGGCGGCAUCUCAACUGCGGGAGGAAGUUGGCCAUGAUGGGUCCUUAUGCAAAGUGUCUGUGGAAUCUGGCCAACCUGCUGAGUUUACAGUAGAAGAUAACUAUAUGUUUCGCCUGAGUAAUUUUCAGCAAGAUUUGCUUCACUGGCUUCGUGAUGAAAAUUCUGUACAGCCCUCCAAAUUCAGAAAACAACUGGAGAAAAUGGUCCAUGAAGGUUCAGUGCUGCAAGAUCUUUCAGUUUCUCGCCCAAGGGAACGUGUUCCAUGGGGCAUACCUGUACCAGAUGACCCUAAUCAUACAGUUUAUGUUUGGCUAGAUGCCCUUGUAAACUAUCUCACUGUUGCGGGUUAUCCUGAACAUGACUUCGCUUGGCCGCCAGAUGUGCAGGUUGUUGGGAAAGACAUACUGAAGUUUCAUGGUGUCUACUGGCCAGCAUUCCUCAUUGCUGCUGGUCUUCAGCCACCACGCACGUUACUCUGUCAUUCACAUUGGACUGUUGAUGGUGAGAAGAUGUCGAAGUCUCGACAAAAUGUGGUUGAUCCUGCUGCACUAAGUCACGACUUCACUUCAUGUGGAGUACGAUACCUGUUACUCAGGGAAGGAGUGCCACAUUCUGAUGGAAAUUACAGUACAACAAAGGCUGUGCGCAUAUUGAAUUCUGAACUUGCUGACACACUUGGUAACUUGUUGAAUCGAUGUUGUGGUGUGGCUAUUAAUCCUGAUCAGAUAUAUCCACAAUUCUGUGACGACACGUACCGACAGUACUGUGUGCACAAUGGAGCUAAGCUGAAAGAUAGAGCCACCCAUCUGGCAGGUGUGGUUAAAGAGCACUUUGAAGAAUUUAAUUUUCAUCAUGCCAUUGAUACAAUUAUAGGAACCUUACAUGAGGCAAAUCGGUUUUUUGAACUUCAGCGGCCUUGGGAAGCACACAGAGAAAAGCGCAAUGCAGCAAUUCACAUGGUAAUGGAAACACUGAGAGUGAGCAGUGUGUUACUGUUGCCAAUUGCACCACGUCUAGCAGAACAGGUGUUAGACAGGUUGGGAACACCACCAAGUGCCAGAGAUUGGGCAAGCUUACAGACUCUAAGUUGGAGUGGUGGAAACAUUGGGGGUUGGAAGCUGGGAACAGAUCGUUCAGCACUGUUUAGGAGGCUACAGUUUAAGUAAUAAAAUCGAUUAUUAAGUUCUUCCUGCUGCAUGUGAUAAAGCAUUGUUUUAACCUUCACAGAAGUUAAAUUGCAGGGGUACAAAGAAAGGGUGACCAGAUGCUAAUAGAAACAGGCACAAUUGCUGCUAUUGUAAAUGGAAAUAUUGGGACAUACAGUUCUGUUGCAUUACUGUAACUGUCAUAGUAGUUGAUGUAUAGGGAUCCAAUUGUUCAGUUGUACAAUGAAUUUCCUUGUUGUGUGCGAUUUCAGAUACAAAGUAGAUUGUUCAUUAUCAACAGAUGCUGUAUUUCUUUGUUUCUUUUUAUGAAGAGUAGGCAAUAAACUAUUAUCUUUUUUAAAUAAA